ACACCACCUGAAUAAUUAAAACACCUCUAGAAAAACGCGGUUUUUUAGCUUCCUGCCGUUUCUCUGCGAAAGAAUUUUCCUAAAAUUCUGCCUCCUAAUCGAAGCGAAAAGAACCGGUCGGCCAGAUUGUGUGCGUAAUACCCCGAUUAAAACAGAAAAGUUUUUGUCAUGCUCGAAACAAGCGCCUCCGAGCCGAAAACAACGAGCAAAGAUAGCAACAUCGAUGAAUCACAGCAUCCUCAACGUCAGCACGAAGGACAGCAACAGCGUGCAGGUGAAAUAUGCUACGAUCUAGCCCACUUUCGAACCGUGCGCGUGCUGAGUAAUAAUAGCACGCACAAGAGUGUCUGCCUGCUGGGCCAUUUCGCUAAUCUGCCAGCACCGGAGAAGCAGGCCAUCGUCGUGCUGGAGAAGCGGUCCUUCACGGAGGGCCAAGUGUUGACACCAAAAUCGCAGAGCGACGACGAGCAGCACGAAAAUCACAAAAGUGAAAGUGAAAACGACAAUUCCAGCCUCGCCGAAACAAAGACCGCUGAUGACGGUGUGCCGCACGAGCGCGAGCAAACGUUUUUCACGUCAGCAUCCCGAUUGGAGAAGGAAUUUGUGAACGACAUCUACGGCAACUUCCUGUGCACCGUCGAUCCAGCCUUGAACCGUUUAAAAGUGACCAUCAUCUAUCCGGCCGAGGAAAAGCAUAUCGUCAAGUACACGGUGCAGAAUCGAUUCUUGGUAGAAGAGACACCCGAGUUGUAUAAGCACGUAACCUUGCCCCAUCUCGAACAGGGUCAGCUGAGUUUGGAGUGGCUUUACAACGUGCUCGAUCAUCGAAAGGAAAGUGAACGCAUUGUCUUUGAAGAUCCGUGUGACGAAAACGGUUUCAUACUACUGCCAGACCUGAAAUGGGAUGGUAAGACGGUUGAACAACUGUAUCUGCUGGCACUCAUUCGCCGUCGCGAUAUACGUUCGCUGCGCGAUCUGACCGUUGAUCACUUGCCGUUGCUAAAGAACGUUCGAUCACGAGGCAUUGCGGCGAUUAAGGAACGUUACGGCAUUGGGGCUGAUCAGUUGCGCAUUUAUCUUCACUAUCAGCCAACGUUCUACCAUCUGCAUAUGCACUUCACUUACCUGCGACACGAUCCGCCCGGAGUUGGCUGCGACAAAGCUCACCUUCUGUCGACCGUCAUUAGUAACCUUGAGCUACUUCCAGAUUACUACCAACGAGCUACGCUAACAUACGCUCUCAAGGAAACCGACCGGUUGUAUGAAAAGAUACGGGCACAUACUGUAGAAGAAGCGGAGGAACCGCCUACCAAGAGACAUAAGAGUGAUCUCACCGUAUCACAUUAA